CACUGCAGCCAGCCAGCCAAGCACAUCGGAAGAAGCACUACACCAAUCUCUGCUCCACUUUUCCGGCGGAGGGCAGCGAGGGCGGUGGCGGAAAAGAUGAGAUGAGUAGAUUAUUCCAAUUCGUGAGGCAAUGGAAACCCAUAAUAAAAGAAGGCUUUUCUCAAUCCUUCCUCAUCGCCAAAUUCCUCUGCCUUUUGCACGUCACCAACACCCAUGUCUGCACCCCAGUUCUCGUUUAUGGUCCAAGCAUGCUGCCGACUUUGAAUCUAACCGGCGACGUAGUACUAGUAGAACACCUGUCGCAGAAGUUUGGGAAGGUUGGACCCGGGGAUGUGGUGGUGGUCCGGUCCCCUGAAAACCCUAGGAAGACUGUUACCAAGCGGAUUGUUGCUGUGGAGGGUGAAAGUGUCACUUUCUUAGUGGAACCCGCUCUCAGUGACCGAAGCCACACCGUUGUGGUUCCAAGGGGGCAUGUGUGGAUUCAGGGGGAUAAUAUUUAUUCAUCAAGGGAUUCAAGGCAGUUUGGCCCGGUCCCUUAUGGUCUUAUUCUAGGCAAAGCAUUCUGGAGGGUAUGGCCACCUGAUGCCUUUGGGAGCUUGUCACAAGAAUAAGAGCAAUCACGAUGUUUGUUGGUUUUGGCCAUUUUCCUCCCUCAAGGAAGAAGAACACAGAUAUUGCUGUUGAUGCUCCCAGAAAAGCAUUUUAUUUUUGGACAAGGGCUUCCAUCAUCAACUGAUGAGAAAGUAUUUGAGCAUUUUAGUGUAAGCCAUUGUUGGCAUUUUUGUGCUACUACUACAAAGGAAUGAUUCAUUCUCUGUAAACUGAUGAGCAAUUUGAUUAUACAGCCAAAGACGAAAAGGCCCUACACGAAUUAGUUUCUUCCCUUCAUUUUUUUUUCCUAUUUAAUUGGCUUUCAAAUUGUAAUGACGAACAAGGUUCUUUUGUUGUUCAUUUUAGAGUUAAUUUCAUUGAAGAUC